ACCUCGUAACCUCGUAAAUAUUAGUCUUCAAAAUCCAAGAGAUCAUAUCGAAGACGAAAAGAGACAAAGUUGAUCAAAUAGGCAUUGACACAAUUUUGGCCUGUAAGCCGAAGGCCACCGUAACCUCAGAAGAACGUUGCAUUUUACAAAACGCAGACUCGCAGUGCCAGUGGCUGGAGGUACGGCAACCGUAUCUUAAAUUGUCUCGAGGCUACGGAACAUGGAUACCAAAGAUAAAGAAGGUGUAGUGCUUAUAAAUGCGUCCAAGAAAGAGCUGUGCACAAUUCACAGUGGUUUCAAGUCUCUACAAAGAAAACUUAAAGGGGAUUUAAAAGUUGCAAGCAACAAAGAUCCGAUAAACAAUGCAACUCUAUCACAUGCUAAAGUCUUUGUCUUGGGUGGAUCACGAGAAAUGUUCACAGCAUCGGAGUUGGAGUCACUCAAGAACUACAUAGAUAAUGGAGGCAGUAUGUUAAUCAUGAUGGGAGAGGGCGGAGAACCAAGAUUUGAGACAAAUAUCAACUACCUAUUGGAACAGUAUAAGAUAAUGGUCAACUCUGAUGCCGUAGUCAGAAAUGUCUACUAUAAAUACUUCCACCCGAAGGAGGCGCUUGUUUCUAAUGGGGUGCUGAAUCGCGCUAUCAGCCUGGCCGCUGGAAAGGUGGUUGUAACGGGGGAAGACGACUCUCUUAAUUCACAGGCACUCACAUUUGUGUAUCCAUUUGGUGCGACUCUAAAUGUGCAGAGACCUGCGGUGGCUGUACUAUCAACAGGCAGUGUGUGUUUUCCUGUUAACAGACCGGUGUGCGCGUUGUACACAAAUAAGCACCAAAGCGGCAAGAUUGCUGUUGUUGGCUCUACCUACAUGUUUUCGGACAGCUACAUUGAUAAGGAGGACAACAACAAGAUCCUGGAUGUCAUCUUUCAGUUCCUAACGACCGACGAAGUGCAGCUGGAUGAGAUUGAUGCAGCCGAUCCUGAGAUAGCGGACUACAACUUUAUGCCGCACACUGGGGAGCUUGCAGAGGAACUGAAAGCCUGCCUACACGAGAGUGAGGACGUGCCACGAGAUUUCACUCAACUGUUCGACAGCGCCCUCUUUCAGCUCGAUACGUCACUAGUCCCAAAGAUAAUACGUGCCUACGAAGAGCUACAUGUGAAGCACGAACCACUGACCCUCAUCACACCUCAGUUUGAGACACCAUUGCCACCACUCGAUCCCGCUGUGUUUCCUCCUCAAUUCAGAGAACUGCUGCCCCCUCCACUCGAACUAUUUGACCUCGAUGAGAGUUUCUCCUCAGAGAAAGUUAGGCUGGCACAGCUGACAAACAAAUGUUCGGAUGAUGACAUCGACUACUUUGUGCGAGAGUGCGGAGACAUUAUGGACAUCACGAACAGCCUGCCCCAGGGCAAGCGCACCUCCAAACACGUGCUGGAGUUUGUUCUUAAUCAGCUCGUCGAGUACAAGAAAAUCAACCAGGGUUAUCCAUCACACACUGAGAUGGACUACGCGUCACAUAUUGGGUCUCCGCAGCAACCAGUGACGCCACCGUCCCGGCCCGUGUCGCACACGCGCUCGCCACAGUACGACACGCUGGGAUCCGUCCCUCAGGCCUACUCCCCUCUGACGUAGCGCCCGGCAGUGUUACUGCACACACACAGCCAAGACUGCCUUCACCUUUGUUUGAGCAGUGUGUGAGUCGAAGAUCCGUCCAGUGCGUCAGGAACAUUUCGCUGAUUGGCACAGAUUAUAUUGCCGCUGUCACUCAUUGCCGCUGUCACUCAUUGCCGCUGUCACUCAUUGCCGCUGUCACUCAUUGCCGCUGUCACUCAUUGCCGCUGUCACGCAUUGCCGCUGCGACUCAUUGCCGCUGUCACGCAUUGCCGCUGUCACGCAU